AUGAAAGACCUUCAGGUGCAACUGGAGCAGGAGAUCACUGAGCUGAGGAGGAAAGACGCUGAUCUGCAGAAGCUGUUACGCACAGACGACCACAACCAGUUUCUACAAAACUGCCCCUCACUGUCAGGACUCAGCGGAUCUGUACAGUCACCCAACAUCAGUACCCGCUCUCUCGGAUAUUUUGAGGAUGUAAGAGUGGCUCUGACACAAAUUAAAGAGAAACUAGAGGAAAUUCUGAAAGACAAAUGGACGAACAUUUCACAAACAUUAACUAAAGUGUAUACUUUACAGCCGCAGCAAGAGCCCAAAACUAGAGCUGACUUCCUAAAAUAUUCAUGUCCCAUCACACUGGAUCCAAACACGGCGCACAAAAAGCUGUUAUUGUCUCAUGGGAAGAGAAAAGCAACAUUGUUAAUAGAAUCGCUGUCUCAUUCCAGUCACCCAGACAGAUUCACUGGAUCUUGUCAAGUCCUGAGUAGGAAGAGUCUGACUGGACGCUGUUACUGGGAGGUGGAGUGGAAAGGAAGUGAAGUUUGUGUAGCAGUCGCUUACAAAAGCAUCAGCAGAGCUGGAGAUUCAGUUGAAUGUCUGUUCGGACACAAUGACAAAUCUUGGACUCUAUAUUGUGGCAAAGACAGUUAUAUCUUCUGGCACAACAGGGUCAUGACCCCUGUCUCAAGUCCUGAGUCCUCUAGAGUCGGAGUGUACUUGGAUCACAGAGCAGGUAUUCUGUCUUUUUACAGCGUCUCUGAAACCAUGACUCUCCUCCACAGAGUCGAGACCACAUUCACUGAGCCUCUAUAUGCUGGACUUAAUAUUGGUUACGCUGAGUCUGCAGCUGAGUUUUGUAAACUGAAAUGA